AUGUAUCCUCCAGUACAUGACCAUCAACGUCCAAGCCUUGUUUCAGGAGUUCCAAACCCCAAUCCUAUACACCCUUAUCCUCCACAUAUGGCCAUGUGGCACGCUCCAGUUGUAGCCGGGAAGUGGUCCACUGGUCUUUGCCAUUGCUGUGAUAAUCCUGCAAAUUGUAUGAUCACUUGCCUUUGUCCUUGCAUCACGUUUGGACAGAUUGCUGAAAUAGUGAACAGAGGAUCUACAUCAUGUUGUAUGAGUGGAGCAGUAUAUGCGUUGCUGAUGGGUGCUGCGUGCCUCUACUCCUGUUGCUAUCGCUCAAAAUUGCGGGGCCAAUAUAACUUGGAGGAGGUUCCUUGUGUGGAUUGCCUCGUGCACUGCUGCUGUGAGACUUGUGCCUUGUGUCAAGAGUAUAGAGAGCUCAAGAGUCGUGGAUUUGAUAUGGGGAUAGGCUGGGAAGCCAAUAUGGCUAGACAACAGCGUGGAAUUACAGUGGCUCCAAUCGUGCCACCAGACAUGACAAGAUGA